ACGGCGUCGAUGCGGAUGCUCCCUUCUUCCAUUUUUAAGCAUCAACUUUUCUUUCUCUGUCAAUACCUCUCGCCUAAUUUAUAAUCUCGCUCUCAAUAAUUCACAUUUGCAUUACGGAUCGCCUUCUAUUAUUGUUGACGGGUGCCAAAACAAACCGCGUAUACUGAUAUUUAAAGCCACCCUGUUUCUUGAACAUCUUGGUUAAACAUUUAAAAACAUCCGGAUAACUUCAAAAUCUCAAACUUUAGUUAGCAACCAUGAAAGCCGUUGUCGUUCAAAACAAAACACCAACUCUGGCCACCGACCGAGCUGUCCCUAAGCUACGCGAUGACUACAUCCUAGUCAAACCCGUAGCUGUUGCCCUUAACCCAACCGACUGGAAACACGCAGCCUUCGGUCUUGCCGCCGAUGGUGGUCUUCUCGGUUGCGAUUUCGCAGGAGUCGUUGAAGAAGUAGGAUCAAAAGUCACCAAGCAAUGGAAGAAGGGUGACCGACUUGCCGGUGUUGCGCAUGGUGGAAAUCUCGUCCAACCUGAAGAUGGUGCAUUUGCCGAACAUAUUCUCGCAAAGGGUGAUAUUCAGAUCAAGAUUCCAGACUCGCUGUCCUUUGAGGAUGCAGCAAGUCUCACCUUGGGUAUUAAUACCGUUAUGCAAGGUUUGUUCCAGAAGGCAUUGAAGUUGAAUUGGCCGAGUGAUCCGGUCAAGGAUCAAACCCCUGUUCUUAUAUAUGGCGGAUCAACUGCCACUGGUGCUCUCGGGAUUCAGUUUGCCAAAUUAGCUGGAUAUGCCGUGAUCACAACCUGUUCACCGCGGAACUUCGACUACGUCAAGAGCCUCGGCGCUGAUAAGACUUUCGACUAUAACGAGCCUAACGUCGGUGCCAAAAUCCGAGAAUAUACACAGGACAACCUCAAAUACGCAUGGGACACCAUUUCCGAUGAAAACUCUGCCAAAAUCUGCGCGGAUGCCCUCACCUCAGAAUCUGGCGCGAAAUACGGUAACAUCUUGACCGCGAAGAGUCCACGAGAGGACGUUGAAACAGUUAAUACGCUGAUGUACACCGUGUUUGGAGAGGAAUUCAAAUUUGGAGCUCAACCAUUCCCUGCUAUUCCUGAGGACUUUGAGUAUACCAAGAAGUUCAUUGCGUUGGUUGAGAAGUUGUUGGCCGAGGGUAAGCUGAAGGCGCAUCGUGUCAAGGUUGGUGCUGAUGGAUUGAAGGGUGUCUUGGCAGGGUUGGAGGAUUUGAAGAAUGGUAAGGUUAGUGGAGAGAAGUUGGUAUAUCGCGUUGAGGAGACUCCAUGAGAUCAAUGGACAUAAAUCAUGUAUUGUUAGCAAAUUAGCAAAUUGGCAAUUGCUUUUAUCCUCAGAAU